AUGUCAUUCCGUAGUAUAGUUCGUGAUGUUAGGGAUGGCUUUGGAAGCUUGUCCAGACGGGGUUUUGAAGUCAGGCUGAUGGGCCAUCAUAGAGGAAAAUCUCAUGGAUCAUUAAAUGAUUUACAUGACCAGCCUCUCAUUGUUCAGAACAGUCGUUGGGCUAGCCUUCCCCCAGAACUAUUGUAUGAUGUAAUUAGGAGGCUGGAGGAGAGUGAGAGCACAUGGCCUUCUCGAAAGCAUGUUGUUGCAUGUGCCUCAGUUUGUCGUUCUUGGAGGACCAUGUGCAAAGAAAUUGUUAAGAGUCCUGAGAUCUGCGGGAAGCUCACUUUUCCUGUGUCGCUGAAGCAGCCUGGUCCACGAGAUGGACUCGUUCAAUGCUUCAUUAAAAGGGAUAAAUCUAAUCUAACAUACCACCUGUUUCUGUGUCUUAGCCCUGCUUUGCUAGUGGAGAAUGGGAAAUUCCUUCUUUCUGCAAAGAGGACUCGACGAACUACUUGUACAGAAUAUGUCAUUUCUAUGGAUGCUGACAACAUUUCAAGAUCAAGCAGUGCUUACAUUGGAAAGUUAAGGUCAAACUUUCUUGGCACAAAAUUCAUUGUAUAUGAUACGCAGCCUGCAUGCGCUUCUGAACAUAUUCCCCCACCAGGGCGGACAAGCCGUAGAUUUAAUUCCAAAAAAGUCUCCCCAAAAGUCCCGACUGGUAGCUAUAACAUUGCUCAGAUAACAUAUGAGCUAAAUGUGUUAGGCACUCGUGGCCCUAGAAGGAUGCAUUGCAUCAUGCAUUCUAUCCCGGUCUCAUCUCUUGAUGCAGGAGGUUCUGUCCCUGGCCAACCGGAACUCCUCACCCGCUCCCUGGAAGACUCCUUCCGAAGUGUAUCUUUCUCCAAGUCUCUUGACCACUCAGUUGAAUUCAGUAGUGCACGAUUUUCUGAAAUUGUUGGACCCCGAGAUGAUGAGGAUGGCAAGACAAGACCCUUGGUUUUGAAAAACAAGCCUCCACGAUGGCAUGAACAACUACAGUGUUGGUGUCUGAACUUCCGAGGUCGGGUAACUGUUGCUUCUGUUAAGAACUUUCAGUUGAUUGCUGCCACUCAGCCUGCUGCUGGUGCACCUACUCCAUCUCAGCCAACGCCUCCCGAGCUUGAUAAGAUAAUCUUGCAGUUUGGCAAGGUUGGUAAAGAUAUGUUCACAAUGGAUUAUCGUUAUCCUCUAUCUGCAUUUCAGGCUUUUGCCAUCUGCUUGAGCAGCUUUGACACCAAAUUGGCUUGUGAAUAG